AUAAAACUACAUUUACCAGCGACUACAACACACAACAAACAUGGCGGUGCCGGAGCAUCAGGAGCGUGAAUCAGUGAAUAGUAAUAUUAGCCAAGAUAAUGAAGGCAAAAAAUCUGGUCCAAUAUCUUUCGUUUUUAGUAAAACAUUAAGUAAGGUUAAAGCUGGCAAAGCGGAAGAGCGAGAUUAUUUAGUUGAAGUCGAAGGGAAAGAACUUAAAGGAACCAAACCGGUGGAGAAACCGAAGGAGCUGGUCAUCCCGUUGAUCCACAAGAACCGCUGGUACCGGCAGGAUGCUGAGCGAGGGGACAAGAGCAGAGACCCGUCCCAGCAGGAGCAGGAGCAGGAGCAGGACACGGUGGAGUCUCAAGCCGUCAAAGAGCUCAUCGAGGAGUCUCAAAAGCACCAGGAGAGAUGGAAGAACGGACCGCAGAUGGAUCCGAACUUUGCCAUUCCUCUUCUCAUGCAGAACCAGGCCCCUCAGGGUUUUGAGGAUGGAGACAAAGUCAAUGUGGAUUUGCGACCAGAGUCGUCCACAGAUGCCGACUAUGACCGUGUUCCUGUGGAGGCUUAUGGGUUGGCAGUGCUGAAGGGAAUGGGCUGGAAGCAAGGAGAGGGAAUCGGACACACAUUUAAACAUCUAUCAGGUCGUCUUAGUAAAGCUCACAAGGACAAAGAGAGAGAAAAAGAGCAGGAACAGCAGAGGGAACGAGAGCAGAGGAUAAACAGCAAAGAUGACAGAGGAAAGACGGAUAGAGAUCGAGAGAGGGGGAAGGACAGAGACCGAGAUCAGAAGAAAAGAAAACACAGAGAAUCAAGUGCAGACAGAGAGAAGCCUCCUCCAGCAAAGGAGUCGCGGCCCUCACCUCCAGCCCCCUCAUGGCUCCAAAGAGACCUCCAUGUGCGUUUCAUCGAUAAAGCAUUCAAAGGAGGCAAAUACUACAACUCAAAGAUGAGAGUGGAGGAUGUCCUGACGCCCCACACCUGUGUGUGUCGUACAGAGGAGGGCCGACUGCUGGACGAUAUUAGACAGAAGAUGCUGGAGACCAUUGUACCCAAGAACGACUCAGACUACAUUAUGGUGGUUCUGGGAGAACACAGAGGACAGGUGGGCCGCAUCCUGAAGCGAGAACGAGAGAAGUGUCGAGCCAUGGUUCAGCUGGACCGAUACGAGGAGCAGGUGUUCACACUCGACUAUGACGCCAUCUGUCAUUAUGUGGGCGCAACAGAACACUGAGAAGCCAACCGGAAGCCACAAAUCACCCUUUAUCAUCCCAACCCUGUUCUGAUGACGACAUUGGUUGUGAUUGGCUGCUUUUUCCCUGAAUUGAUAGAGACCAACAUAUCAGAUCAAUUAAAUUUUAAUACAACCAAAACUUAAUUUAUUUAGCUAGUUGUGCUGUUGUAUUUUUAAAUGCAGGUUUAAACCCAAAUGUGGAGUCAUACUUGGACGCAGCUGCUGCUGUGCUGUGACAGUGGUACAUCUGCAUAAUCGGAUGAUCUUAAAGCAACAUAAUAUCCUGUUAGUAAGUCUGUCAUGUUGCUAAAUAAAAAAGUGACAUGUUUUACUCUGUAUAGUAAUAAUGAACAUUUACGCAGGUCAGCAGUAGCAUCAGUGUUUGAGUGUCUGCUGCUGAUCUAGGAAGAAAAUGAAAUGACAUUUCAGCCCAAUGUAAUUGCAGAAAAAUCUCACUGCCAGUUCAUUAGAAUCCAAACACUUUUGAAACUCUGCUUUGGUUUCUUAGUCCAAUAAAGAUCUCAAUUUGUUGUUUAUGUACAAAGUUAAACACAAGCCACCUACAAUUUCCACUCAUGUUAUCUUUUUAAUAAUAA